AUGUACCGCACAGCCGGCUUCCGUGCGGACCUGGAAUACCUGCUUGGGCCCAACUGGGAGGCCUGCUGCGGUUCCAAGAGCCCUCCACUGAAGGAGUACGAGCCCCGGCUGCUACUGGCGCACUCGUACACGCAGCACCUCGCAAUGGCCGCGGGUGGCCAGGUCAUUAGGCGCCUCGUCCGGAAGCAUCUGGCCCUAACCGAGGAGGAUGCGGGAACUGAUGCUUUCGAGUUUAAGGGGGAGAGCAGCAACACGCUCAGAACCAAAUUCAAGGCCACGCUGGACGAGUGGGCCCGCGGUCUACCUGAGGAGGAUGUCCGGCAGCUCAUCUCGGAGCAUGUGACGACGUUCCAGUUCCAGAACGCCAUCAUCCGGGCCUUUCCCAUCCCGACUGCCGCCGUGGUCAAGGGCGUGCUGCAGCUCAUCCCGCGGCCGCUGCUGCUAGCGGUGCUGGCGGUGCUGGCGGCGGCGCUGGUGCUGCUGGUCGCCCCGACCGUCCCAUGGGUCGCUGCCGCCAUGGGGUGGCAGGUGCUGCCAGAUGCCGCCCCCUGA